CGCCACGUGACCGGAAGUAAGGGCGCCACUCUGCCCUAGCAACCGUUACCAAGGGCCUGGUAACUAGGAGAAAAACUCUUGGGGAGAAGGAGAAGGAGGAGGGGGGAACGACAACGGGUAGCUGGGGCAGGAGGAUUGUUUUCAAGACCCAAUUAUGAGUGAUCAAAUCAAAUCAAUUGUUGAGAAGCUCAAUAAGGAGCCUUUUAAGAAGAACUAUAAUUUAAUCACAUUUGACUCACUGGAGUCAAUGCAGCUAUUGCAGCUUCUCAAUGAUGUUCUGGGGGAGAUUGACCCAAAGCAUGUUGUUGACAUUAGAGAGGAGAUGCCAGAGCAAACAGCUAAACGAAUGUUGAGCCUUCUUGGUAUCCUUAAAUACAAACCUCCAGGAAGUAUUACUGACCUGAGUACAUUCCGCCAGGGUUUAGUUAUUGGAAGCAAACCUGUGAUUCAUCCCGUCUUACACUGGCUCCUUCAACGGACUAAUGAACUCAAGAAAAGAGCCUAUCUGGCACGUUUCUUAAUUAAACUUGAAGUGCCAGCUGAGUUUCUUCAGGAUGAUACCGUGGCUGACACCAACAAACAGUAUGAAGAUCUGAUGGAAGCCUUUAAAAACCUGCAUAAGGAAUGUGAGCAGCUCAAGACUUCUGGCUUCUCCACUGCAGAAAUAAGACGGGAUAUCACUGCAAUGGAAGAGGAGAAGGAUCAGCUCAUCAAGAGAGUGGAGCGUCUUAAGAAGAGGGUGGAGACGGUGCAAAACCAUCAACGAAUGCUUGAAAUAGCAAGACAGCUUCGAGUAGAGAAAGAGAGAGAAGAAUCUUUAGCCCAGCAGAAGCAAGAACAAAAGAAUCAGCUGUUCCACGCAGAGCAGAGGCUGCAAAGAGUGCAGCUCCAGCUGAAAGAUAUGCAACAUGCAGUCGUGGAUUCAAAGCCUGAAAGCUUAAUGAAGAGACUGGAAGAGGAGAUAAAGUUCAAUUCAUAUCUGUGCUCUGAAAAAUUUCCUAGAGAACUAGAAAGUAAGAAGCAAUCAUUGUAUUUCCUACAAAAAGUGGUUUCAGAGCCAGCUAUGGGUCAGUCUGAUCUCAAUGAACUUGAAACUAAGAUAAAUGAAGUCAAUGCUCAAAUUAAUCAAUUGAUUGAAAAGAGAAUGAUGAAAUAUGAGCCAAUUGAUAGUAAAUUUUCCAUGUAUCGACAACAGGCAUCCAUAAUUUCUCGGAAGAAAGAAGCCAAGGCAGAAGAGCUUCAGGCUGCCAAGGAGGAGAUGUCAAACAUGGAGAGGCAAAUGUUACAGAAAGCAAACCAGGCCCGUGAGUUGGAUGGCACAGAAGUUUUGAAAGGUGAUGAGUUUAAACGAUAUGUUAAUAAACUUCGAAGCAAGAACACAUUUUAUAAAAAGAAGCGUCAAGAAAUAGCAGAAAUUACAGCCGAGUACGGUAUCCUACAGAGAACAGAAGAACUCCUAAAACAACGUCAUGAGGCUAUUCAGCAACAGUUGCAAGCUAUUGAGGACAAGAAGGGUAUCUCUGGAUACAGUUACACGCAGGAGGAGUUGGAGAGAGUAUCUGCAGCAAAGAGCGAGGUGGAUGAAAUGAAGGGCCGAACAUUAGAUAACAUGUCUGAAAUGGUAAAAAAACUGAAUGCUAUGGUGGCAGAUAAGAAGUCAAGCUUAGCUCCAAUUAUCAAAGAAUUGAGACAGUUGCGGCAGAACUGCCAGGAAUUAACCCAAGAAUGUGAUGAAAAAAAAGUUCAGUAUGACAGCUGUGCAGCAGGUUUAGAAAGUAAUCGCUCCACACUUGAACAGGAAGUAAAAGGGCUGCGUGAGGAGUGUAUUCAGGAAGAAAGCUGCUAUCAUCAUACUAACUGCAUGAAAAAGAAUCUAGAAAUACAAUUUCAACGUGCUAAAGAUGAGAUGAAGACAUAUGUUUCCCCAGAUCCACAAGACAGAAGAAAAGCAAUUAGAGAACAAUAUACACGAAUGAUCCUUGAACAAGAAAACCUUGGGAAGAAACUACGAGAGAAACAAAAAGCUGUGCGGGAAAGUCAUGGACCAAAUAUGAAGCAAGCUAAAAUGUGGCGGGAUUUUGAGCAACUGAUGGAGUGCAAGAGAGAGUGUUUUCUAAAGCAACAAAAUCAAACUUCUGUUGGUCAAGUCAUUUCCUCAGAUCAUUCAAUUGAAUAUUGCUUUGUUUUCUCACUGUUUCUACAUAGGUUACUUUUAAAUUAUUUAUUUUCAGUGGGUAAUAUAAGGUUGAAAUUAACUCCCAUGCACAGAGCCCUCUACAUUAUUUAAGUGCCAAGUUAACAGCUUAAGUCAUACGGAGGGUCUUCUGUGAGCCUUCUGCACUGAGGUGAAUUUCACCGUAAAGACUAUGGAUCUUCCCAAAGAAACCAAGGGGAAGGAAUCCUUUCCCAAGGCCAUAGAAAGCUGGUAGAGCUGCUCUUCAGCUGCUACUGUAGCCCUAACAUUACAUUUCUCAGGGGGAAGGAUAGGAAGUUCUGGUCCACCCAUUUCCUAGCUCGGCCCUCUCCUUCCUGCCUUGCCCGAAUUCAUUCAGUAUGUGCUGGUAAGCAUGGAGCCAUUGCAGAACCAAGCUUCAUGCCAUGGUAAAGGUGCCCACACUCCACUCCCAAUCUCCUUACACAAGUGAAGUAAACUGAUUGUGCUGCCAGAGGGACCCUUCAUUGGCACAAAGACAGAAGCAGGAUUUGAGAACAAUUACUUGGGUUCUGAGCUUUUUCAAUUUUUUUUCUUUUUAAAUAUGUGCUGUCUUCUAACUUUGCCCUGUGGUUGUAUGUUACCCUCAUGAAAACUUAAACUGGGGCCUAGUAAGAAAUACAGGCCUAGGGUUUCCCCUGCACUGAGGCAGCUUUGUGCUGCUUUAUUUAUGCAAAGUGAUUCUAAAGCAGUGAUAGCUGCCCACAGGAGGGUCAUCCCAGUGUAGGGGCAAUCCUCCAGUGAUGUAGAUCUGGCCCAAUUCUUCCUACAUAAAUUAGGGUAUGGAAAAGUGUUUGUGGACAAGACUUCCCUGCAAUCUGACUAGUUGUCAGAAUAGCCCCUGGAGGUCACUGGCAGCCUUCAGACUGUUCUGAGAGACAUCAGGGGAUCCAUCUGGUGCACAGCUGGCCCAGGAUCAGAGGAGUGCAAAAAUGGUUUGAAACCCUCCUUCACCCCUCCUGAUUUUUGCUGUGCACUCCUUGGCCAAACAGACAAGGGUCAGAGCUAUAGAGUUAUGUCAUGGAGAUCAAAAUUCUUACUGCUUUUCUUAAUUUCUUUUGGCCUGUGGAAAAGCCACUUGGAAAUGUCUAUCCUGUUUGAAAUAAAAUUGACCUAAUUUUUAAUAGUACCUUCAGUGUUACUUUGGGUAUAGCAAGUAUUUUAGCCUUCUCUGAUAUUUAACUAUACAUCCACUUGCUGCUUUUUGUGUGAACCCCUUCCCUAAUCUGUAUUUGCAUUAAAUAUAUUUAACAGAAAUAGAAGAAAAAUAAAAUCU